GGUCAAUGAUUUGAAGACUGGUACGCUGAUAGGAAUUGACAAAUAUGGAAACAAAUACUAUGAAGACAAAAGAAACUUCUUUG